AUGGCUACCUACGAGAUAUCCCCAGCGUUGCCUCUAAGAGCUCCUCCGGCAGACCCGACACCAACGGGGAUGCCCGCAGCUGCGGCAACUCCCCCGUCGUCGGAGGCUGGAGCUCGCCUCGUGCGAGGGCUGUCGUUCGGAGGCGAGGAGGCGGCACUGGCUGCCCCUCAGAGCCUCAAACAUUUAGGAGAGAGCCUCUCUGCAAGCCGGAAUAGGCCCUCGGGUUGCUCCAUUGCAGGAGACACCUGCGCUUCUGGCCGCGCAGGGGCUGAUGCAGAAGAGGCCACGGAAACCUCGCAGUCGAGCGCAAGUUCACCGCGUGGGUGUCGCUUGACGCAGUUGCAUUGCCAUUUCCAGAGCACGUUUCCGCCACCUUCAGCAGAGGGCUCGAAGAAGGAAGCGCACGGACCCCCUACCGACUCCUUGUGCCACAAGGACAGCAUUCGGUUUCAGGUGUUUCGCAAGCUGCAAGAGCAGCGGGAGCAGCAGGAGUGGGAAGCUCAGCAGGCCCUUGAGCAACAGGCCGCGAGCCUCAGGCAGCAGCUGGCCUUCCUUCAGAAGCAACUACGUGCUCAGCAGCAGGAGUCAGCGUUGCAGCAGCAGCUGCUGCAGCAGCGCGAAGCCGCACUGCAGCAGGCAGCAGCGGAGUCGGAGAAGCUGCGUGAGAGAGAACAGAGGCUGCGUCAAGAAAGGGAAACUCUUUUGCGGGCGCAUGCAGCCCUCCAGCAACAGGCCGAGAAAGAGCAGCUGACGGCUCGAUCGCAGCGCGCCGAUGCAGCACUAGAGUGGGCAAAGAAGCUAACUAGCGAGAGGGAGGCCUUCAAGACUGAACUCAAGGCGCUACAGAGAUCUCGAGAGGCAUGCGCAGACUCUGCACGCAAACUACAAGACGAAGUGCUGCUCCUCCGACAGCAACUCAGAGCAGCAGCAGCCCAUACCGCCACGCUUUCUCCCCGCAAGCAACAUCAGCGGCAAAAGCUGCUGAAACAGCCACAGCGGGGUGUCUCUGACAGUUGCAUAGAGGAUAACGCGUCAGGCGUCUCUGCGGAAGAGCCGCUUUUAAAAGAUACCCCCUCCUGUCAUGCAGGGAGCAGCAGGAGCCUUCCAGUGCUGCCUGUGUCGUCUCCACGCCUUCUCCGCAUGCACCUCUCACAGCAGCAGCUGCAGCAGCAGCAAACGUCCGAUGCCGAAUCUCUGCCUUCGCUAGCCGCAGAGCUCAGUUCGCCACAAGUCCUCACCGUCGGCUGCAGCGAUUCGCCGAACCCCCAGCAACAGCAAAAGAGGCCUCCCUCUGAAGACGCCUUUGUUGAUUUAGAGGCGGGAACGAAAUGCCCCGCUGCAGAAGCAGCAGCACCACUGGAUGACUGUUGCACCAAACAGCUCACCGCCUUCACACGGCUGCUGAUGUUUCUGUGGAACCCGGUAGCUGUGUGCCCCCGAAGACGCAGUCGCGCGCGAAGUGACUCCCUCUGA